GCAGAUGACGUCAAACGCGGCUGUACGGCUGCCCCAGACUACCACAGGUUGCAUAUCGAUCGAUUAGUGGCAGUAAAGGUCGCUGGCUUGCAUCUCAAAGCAAAACACUGCAUUCAGGCAGCGUGAACUUGCACUUUUGCAGCACUGCUUGCUUCAAACGCCCAGCAUGGCUCGGACGGCGGUGCGUGCGGGUCGUUCAAUGGUGUCGGCGUUGACGCUGCUGCAGUGGUGCUCGCUGGCGCGCGGCCUGACUGUCGGCGUGCAGUCGCCGUCACCGACGGCAGCGCGCCUGACCAUCGUUCAGGUCACGGACGUGUACACCCUCGAAAAUUUUCCGAGGCUCAAGACGCUGCUGCACGAUGUGCGAACGACGAAUCCAGCGACGAUCUCGAUGCUCACGGGCGACUUCCUCGCGCCUUAUCUGUUGAGCUCGAUCGACAAGGGACAUGGCAUGAUGCGCAUGAUCAACGAGACGCCCAUCGACUACCUGACGUGGGGCAAUCAUGAGGCCGACAUCGACCACAAGGAGGUGUGCGGCCACGUUCGGGGCUAUCGCGGCAAGUGGCUCAACUCAAAUAUGUUGGAUCACGAAGCGAUGGACGCGCAGCAGGAAUACGACGUGGUAUCGAUUGUCAGCGAGGACGGCACGCAGACGCGCCGCAUCGGUCUCGUCGCGUGCUUAUCAGAUGAUCCGGCGCUGUAUGCGAAUUUUAAGGCACCCGGCGCCUUCGGCGGCGCGACGAUUGACUGCCCGUGGGGUACGCUCCGUCGGCUGAAGUCGAAGCUCGAGGACGAUGAGCGGUGCGACCUGGUCGUGCCACUGCAGCACACAUACGUGCCCGACGACCACAGGACCUGCCGCGAGUUCGACAUUCCCGUGGUCCUAUCCGGUCACGACCACCACAAAGUCGAUGAGGUCGUCGCCGGCACACGACUACUCAAGCCCGGGCUCGACGCCAUCUACGCGACGGUGCUCACCAUCGAGUGGGCCAACGCACAACAGGCGGAACCGACGAUCGCGGCCGAAUUUGUACCCCUCGCCGACUAUGCUGCGGACGCGGCGAUGGCGGCCGCGGCUACGGAAGCGUACGAGGUGCUCGCGCCGCUCCGCAACAGCGAGCUCGCGCGCGUGCCGGCGCACUUCCGGCCGCUCUCGUCGUCCAACAGCCGCGGCCGCGUCUGCUCGAUGGGCCGGCUCGUGUGUACUUUGAUUCGCAACGCGGUCAACACCGACCGCUCGCUCGGCGGGGAGCACGUCGACGGCUGUAUAAUCAUGGGCGGCAACAUAAGGGGCGGCGCGGACUAUUCUCCCGAGUCGUUCUUCUCGCUGGAGACCUUGGAGGCCGAGGUGAAGCCGGAGGAGGUCGUGGGAAUUGUGGAGAUGCCCGGCUGGCUGCUCUCGGAGGGCGUGCGGGCCACUCACCGCGGAGAUCCUAUCCCCGGCUGGUUUCAAUACGGCGACGGAAUAGACGAAUGUGAGGAAGCUGACGCCAUCACGAUGGUCGCUGGCCGGCCGCUCGAGCGGGAUGCCGUCUAUCGCAUCGUCACCAAGGUCGGCGACCUGACCAAUGGGCAGUCGGCGCCCUUCACCGAUUAUUAUACGUCGCACCCGGAGGCGCUCCCGCCGAAGGGCAACUACCUCAACAUCCACAGCUUGCUCAUGAGCUACUUCGCCCGGAACCUGUGGCACCGCAUGUGGGAGGAUAUCCACGCGGAUGACGAGGACGGCGUGCUCGACGCAUUAGACCUGGAUGGCGACGGUCAAAUCAGUGUGGAGGAGAUCCACGCGGCACUCGCGCGCAUCCUGGGCAUGUCGACGGACUGCACGCAGAUGGCCCUCGCGCGAUACGUGCACCGCUUCGCCGACGUGAACGGCCAGGGCGAGGUCACGCGCGAUGACCUGCUGCGCUUCGUGCGGGACGAGGGCCUCUUCAGCGACUACGAAGAUGGACUGCGCGUGACGGCCUAGGGAUUAGUAAGUAGAAUGUUGUGAUAAUACAGGGGAUCA